UUUAUGAAGACCGUCAAAAAUUUCAAAUUUGUGAAAAACAUAAGACGAAAAGAUGCAAAUGAGGGAACGUCAGCCAGCGGAUACAAUGUAAAGGAGAAGGAAAUUGUUCCAUCGCCUCGAAAUGGCAAAGAAAAUUGUGAUGAUAGUCUGCAAGAUUUUUUACCAAGCAACAAAAUGUUAAAAAUGGCUUCUUCAUUUCUUAGAAAUGGAAACGAAAAACAAGGCAGUAAUUCUUCGUUUGAAUUUGCUGAGAAGUUCUCUUUUCCACCUCGAAAACAGUAUCUACAGGACAUGAUUCCACGGACUGAAAAGUUUUUGAAAAUCUUGUACUCUUUGAUUGCUAAGUUGGAAGAUGAUUUGAAAGAUUCAAAUUCAAAAGAAAUGUAAUUGAAACAAAGUUGGGAGCUUUUGAAGAUUGCUCAAAAAUGUUCUCGAAAUAAUUCAUGAUGUUUUUCUAAUAUUUAGUUGAAAUAAAAAAUAUUGAU